UGUCGGGACGCGGACUGCAUCGUUUCUGCGCCUUCUGAUCCUCCGAUCUCUGAUCGUGUCAACGCCAACGUGAACGCAGCCGACACACACACGGUGUCCAACCGAAAACUCUGAACGUUCAGACGUUGCAGCGUUGGAGUUUGGGGAAAACGGUUUGGUCGGAGUGCGUCGCGCGCAUCACGUGCCACUCGGUCCGCUCUAUCCGCUCUAUACGCUCUGUCACGAAGACACAUUAUCCAACAACAUUCGUCGCCUCUAUAGUGAAGAAAAGCAGGUGGUGGCGGGCGGGCGUUGCGGUGGCGGACUUGGCACAGAACAACAGCAGAACAACAGCAGAAGACCAAGAAGCGGCUUCGGGAACGGUCAGAGGGGGCGACACAUGAGCGGUGGCGAGGCGGCGCCGCCCCGGCCCUUGGGCGGGCAAUGCGCGAGUUAGGCGCCCGCCCCGUCAGGCUAACACUAAUCACCGAGGACCUCCAGCCCGACAUUCAUGUGCACCAUCUAUCCAACGCUGACGAGCUGGAGAAGAGGAUUCCUCUCGCAUCGGCGCAGACUACACACUGCGCAGAGCUGGAGGAGUUGCAGGAGCUGCUCCACUUCCCUGAAGAGGUUGCGCUGCGCCUUGCCGACACCGAAUACCAACUGUUCUACCAGGUACCCCCGAUCGACUAUCUGCGACAGGUGACACUAGACCUGGGGGGCUCUACGGCGGGCGGCGCCCCGACUCCGGCGAGCGCCGCCAGUGCCGAGGCCCAAACACAGACGAUCGCCCCGAAUGCCACAACCGCCACCGCCGCCGCUACCGCAUCCGCAACUGGCAAUCGAUCUUCAUCAGUUGCCACUCUCAUCAAACGAUUCAAUGAGGUGAGCGCAUGGGUAACCCAACUGAUCAUCUCCCAGCCCACCCACGAUGCUCGAAGGGCAGUUUUAUCCUGCGUCCUUCGGGUCGCCUUGUCCUCGUGGAACAUCGGCAACUUCAACGGCGCGAUGGAAAUCAUCGCCGGACUCAAAUCGAACAAACUGAAGCCGUUCUGGCUGAGCAUCACGGAGAAGGAGAGUCUGCCGGUCCUGGACUUCUUGUCGGCGGCCCUCCUGAGCGCCGAAUACGACCGUGCCUUAAGCCGCGCCCUCGCCAUGGCCGAAUGUCCCGUCGUGCCGUUCUUCGGCGCGUUCCUGCGUGAGCUGCGCGAGAUACUGAGCGCGGGCGCCGCCCAAGGAGCGCCUCCGCCCGGUGCGCCUCACGAGGUACCGCUGGGCGGCGGCGGCCCGCAGGACGUGGGGGCGCAGCUGCCGCCGAAACCCAAAUCGGGACCGGCGGGAUCGCACAGGGACCAGAUGCACCAUAGACAAGUGUUCAUUUCGGAUUAUGACGGGGAGGACCACCACUUUACGAAAAUCGGUCCGGGCGGGUUGAUCAACCUGGAGAAGAUCUACCGGACGCAAGCUGUGAUGGACCACAUCUCGUUGUGCCACCAACAUUACCACACCAGGAACCGAUUGUCGCCCACCUCGUCGCUCAUCGAUUAUCUAAAGUGUUCGACAGCGAACGAGCAGCGCGUUUUAGCAGCUGCACCGCCGGAAAAGGCGGAACUGGACUCGGAAUACGAUUGCGACGUGGACGAUUACCAUCCGGUCCAGCCUUUAAUUCACGAUCACGGCGUCAGUUUCGUGUGUCUUUCGUCACCGCACACCAAAGUCGACCAACACGUCAUGCAGAUUUUACAUCACGGGUCGACAGUAGUUUUAUGGGAGGGAGCCGAAGGGGGUACCACAACAGCGGGCGCCACCCGAGGGGUGCUCCUCUAUCUAAGACUGGACAGAUCAUCGACGACGCUCACGUGGGUGAGACCGAGUUGGAGCGGACUGAAGGCAGGUUCUUCAGGUGACGGAGGCAGCGACCCGUUCAGCGCCGACUUCAAUCUGUCCUUCAAUCCGGAGGACACGCUUGCACCGGGAUUGUUGACCAAACUGGCUCUGCAAGCGGCCGGCGAUCAAUCCACUGGAUCCACGCUGGACGAUGGAUUCUUGGAUCUGUUGGCGGUAAAAGAGGUCCACCUGGGCGGAAGAGACGCGGAACGGGAGGCGGAAGUGGCGGCGGUCGCGAGGCGAUACGGGCUGAACCACGAACCCGGAAACGAGUGUGCUUUGACCAUCCUUUACGGCUACACCUUGAGCGACAACCGUUUACUUUACGUUGUUUGUCCUCCAGCCGAAUGCAGAGUAUGGUACAGCGGGUUGUGUUGGUUGAUUAAGGGAUUGGCGAGACAGCAGGCGCUCUGCGAUCGCAGACUUUUGUGGCUCAGAGAACAGUACAUGCAGCUUUACCACGAGGACGGUUACUGUUGCGGACCUUUGGCUGCCGACGCCAUAAGGUCGUUUGGCGGAAGAGACUGGUCUUUGGCGGGGAUGGCGAAUCAAGGCGGACAAGUCGGUGAACCUUCGGGCGCCCUGAGAAGAGAAGUGUCGAUGAAGAUCAAAAAGAAACAGCUCCUCAGCAAUCAAACUUUCAAAGAUCGCAGCUUAAGAAGUCAAUUCGUCGAACCUUCGACGAUGUGCAUGGAAAGCAGUUACUGGAGGAAUCCCACUCAUCACCGUCAAUCAACACCCACCACUUUUCCGGAACAUCAACCCGAUGUAGCACGUCAUCACAGUUUGGGACAGCUUGCGUACAACUGUUCUCAACCCAAAUUCGACAGGGACAGACAUGGAUCUACGGAACACCUUUGGCAUGGGCGACAUCCUCGAGUUGGUUCGAUAUUAUACGACACCCAACUCGAUUUUGUGGACUUUGUAACGUUGUUCCGAUCGUUCAGUUUAUUGAUUCGUAAAGAUUUGAGGGAUUUAUUCGAACAAUUGGCCAUCUCUUACCGAAGCAUGGCUGUAAAUACCGGCACCUCGUCUUCGAAGAUCAACGGUGUCAAGACAAAGGUGGAUCAGUCUAAGAAAGCCCAAAAAUUAGGACUGUUGACGAGGAACAGCAGGGCGGAAUUGGAGGGUUCGGUGGUAAACAGUCAAAAGAAAAUAUUCGAUGCGAUAGCAGCCGCCAGUAUUUUCACAAAUUGCGCCGGAAUUGAUACGAACAACUCUCAAGUGAUUACCAUAUCCACAUUUACUAAAUUUCUAGAGACCAGACAGAUGGAGAAAUGGACCGAGGACCAAGUGAAAAGUUUGAUUUAUAGACACGAACCGGAUGCGACAUUGCGGUCGCAAAACUGUCUCUCGUUCGAGGGUUUCGCAAGAUAUCUAAUGGACAAGGACAACUACGCGUUCACUCCGGAGUGCGAGAUUCCAAACGAGACGGAUAUGAAUCGUCCCAUGUCCACAUAUUACGUGGCCUCUUCCCACAACACCUACCUGACCGGACAUCAGCUGAAAGGCGAAUCGUCCGUCGAACUUUAUAGUCAAGUUUUAUUGACUGGAUGUAGAUGCGUCGAGCUGGACUGUUGGGACGGAGACGACGGUUACCCGAUGAUCUACCACGGACACACGUUCACUACAAAAAUUCCGUUCAACGCCGUGGUGGAAACGAUCGAAAGAAACGCCUUCGUCACCUCCCCGUAUCCCGUCAUCCUUUCCAUCGAGAACCACUGCUCCCUGCAACAGCAAACGCGAAUGGCGCACAUUUUCCAAAGGAUAUUUGGUGAGAAACUGGUGACCUCCUUCCUGUUUGAGGCUGAUUUUAGUGAUGAACCGUCGUUGCCUUCUCCUGAACAAUUAAAGAACAGGAUACUGAUAAAAAAUAAGAAACUCAUCAUGGAAGUGCCUGCACCGUUAACUUUUGCCGCCGCAAUGUCCACACCUGUCCGACCUGGAUCCGGUAUGAGACACUCGGUUCCCGGUCGUACCAGCUCAAUCAUCAGCAACACCUCGUCAUCAUCGUUCAACGAUGACUUCAGCGACGACGAGUACGACGACGAGGACGACGAGGACAACAUAGACGUCAACAUGUUUCUAGAGAAGGCAAUGCAUGGAAUCGGAAUCGGCAUGAUGUCGUCGAACGAGUCUCCAAGACCGUACGGUGUACCCCACGCCGUCUCCAAAACCAGCUCCACCAAACGGAUCACCCCCGACGACAAACUCAAAAAGAAGAGCAGUCAGAUAUCGAAAGAGCUCUCCGAUAUGGUCGUCUAUGUCCAAGCAAUAAAAUUCAGAGGUUUAAACACCAUAAGUCCGAGCAGUUCCGUGAAACAAAGACAAAAAACCUGCAUGUCCAGCUCCGGAAGUUCCAUCGUCACAACCGGAAGUAGUUCCGCUUCAAACAUCAGUUCGUCUGGAGUGGCGACAAGUGAAUCGGAUGCGGUGAUUUACGAAGCCGAAAUGAAACAAUCGAGACCGAACGUUCAUCCCCCUUGUUACCAGUGUUCGUCGAUCAACGAGAAUACCGCCAAGAAAUUGUGCAGAAAACAACCGUUGGCUCUGAUUGCUCACACACAAACGCAAUUGAUGAGGACGUAUCCGGCCGGAAUGAGGAUUGACUCGUCCAAUUUUAACCCUGUCAUAUUCUGGUCGUUCGGUAUCCAAAUGGCUGCGUUAAAUUAUCAAACGGAUGACAGUCCCAUGCAAUUGAACAGUGCUCUCUUUGAAAUGAACGGACGUUGUGGAUUCGUCAGGAAACCCAGUGUCAUGUGGGACCGCUCUCAUGUCAUGUAUAGACGUUUCAACCCUUGGGAUAAAGAAUUCGACGGAAUACAUUCCUCACAAAUCGUCAUCAACAUCGUUUCAGGUCAAUACGUGUCACAAAGUAACGUCAACCUGAGCACCUACGUUGAAGUGGAAAUAAUCGGCAUUCAAAUCGACUGUAACAAACAAAAAACCAAAGUGGUCCAGAAAAAUGCGUUGAAUCCGAUCUGGAAUGACACGUUUCACUUCCGAGUCAUGUUUCAAGACCUCGCAUUCCUACGUUUCACCGUAAUGGAUGCGACAAACAAUCAUCUUUUGGCCCAAAGAAUCGUUCCUUUAAAGUGUCUCAGACCUGGUUACAGACACCUCAGACUGAGAUCGGCCCAAAACAAAACGUUGAACAUGUCGACCCUCUUCAUUUACUCGAGGGUUGAAGAAGAAAGUCUCGACAACAGCGAGAGCAGAGACGGAAUAAUCGAUAGGGCGCAACCCGAAAACGAAACCACAGAUUCGGGAACCGAAAACACUUUCGUGGGCAUAUCGGGAACACCCUUGUGCGUGAAACGACGCAUGUUCUUCCUCAUGGUAUACGGCGUCGUCUCCGAAGAACCGUACACCAUCUUGAAGAUCACACAAGAGAGCACGACUCAAGACGUCCUUCUGCUCUGUCUCCAAAAGGCUAAUCUUCCCGUCAGCAAAGUGAACGACUACAUCCUGGUGGAGGAAGUGGCCCGAGGCUGGGAGAAAAAGGACACAAACCUACCGGCGACUCAACGAAUUUUGGACCUUCACGAACGUCCGCUGCAAGCUCAAAGUCAGUGGAAAGGUGAAGGCAGGUUCAUUUUGAAAAGGAUGGGUGACGAUCCCAGCAGCAGAGCUUGGCUAUCGUCCAUCAGAAGUGUCGCCAACAGGGAGAGGGAACAAAGGAAAUCGGACGGCGCACCGAGCAACGCUUGGGAAGAAAACGACACCUUCCUGGUGUGCAUUUACAACGUGUCGCCGGAAAUUCCGUACGCAAUCCUUAAAGUUCCUUUAAACGCCUGCGCUCAGGACGUUCUCGCACAGGCUUUGGUGAAAGCGCGUCGACUGGAAGACCCCCUGAAAUUCGUAAUAGUGGAAGAGUUGGAAUGGGGCGGCACCAGUCAUAAUAUUCAACAGCGCCCGUUAGCAGAUUCCGAGAACGUGUAUAGCGCCCAGUCGCACUGGCAAACCAUCGGAAGAUUUGUGCUGCAGGAAAGGGUGAACGCCACUCCCACGUCCUUGAGAAAAAACAGAAUCGCAUCCAGUUUGAGGUUGGCCACUUUGGACCGGAUCAGUAGAGGAUUGAAUGUAGCCAGGAGUGUGGCUACCAACAGUAUUAAAGUCCCCGUUCAGGUUGCCCUGAGCGACCCGACCACUUCCAAAUGGAAGAGCAAAACAGGCGAAGACUCCACGCGGAACAAACCGAUGUCACGCGCCAAAAUGAACAGUGAAAAAGACACGAACGCCACGUCGGUGGUUAAAAAAUCGGAAGUUCAUCGCGAAGUACAUUCUGAAGGAGAGACUUUGAGUGACGAGGAAACUAAAGAGUCGGACUUAAUGGCGACCGUCAGUAGAUUGAAAAAGGUGUCGUUGCGAAAAUUUAAGGAAUGGAAGUCAUGACUUCUGGAUUAACAAUAAGUGCGCAGUGAUUUUUAUUAUGGACGACCGUCUUCGCAUCUUUGAACUAGUCAAUUUUUAAAUUUAAUUUGAUUUAAUUUAUUUGAGUGUAUUUAUUAAUUUGGGAUUGUAAAGUAAAAAAUAGUAGGAACAAACCGAAGGACCCCAGGAACAUAUCUAUCUAUCUAUCUAUCUAUCUAUUUAUCAAUCUAUCUAUUUAUAUAUUUUGUCACAGGGACGAUGAUUUGUUUUAUCUUGUUGUUGAUGCGUUUUGAUAGUUUAUAAUUUAUUAUGACCUAAUAAUUUUAUCGUUGUUAAAAAGUUAGAAUAAUACAUUAAUAUUAAUAGAUAUAUUAUAUAUAUAUAUACAUAUAUAUAAAAAAUAAAUAAAUCAAAUAUAACACAUAACUUAUUCAAAUUGUACUUAUAUGUACUACCUAAGGGAUAAAAAAAUUAAACUUGUAUUAUCACAUUUACCAUAUCUCUAAAUUUUCCAUUAGGUUUAUCUUAUUUUCAACAUAUCCCCCGUCGUAUUUAUUACAAUAAAAAAUAAACUUGCAGUAUUUAAAUAAAUAAUAAUCGUUCUUGUAAUAUACUUACAUUAACAUAACAUUUGAUGUACUUUUUAAAAAACUAUAUAUAAUAUUAUACAUAUACGAAAAUAUACAUUACUGUUAUUUUGCAGUACAAAUUUGAUUAUUGUUUUUACGUAAUAUUGUUAUAUUUAACGAUUUAUAAAAUAUAUUGCGUUAAAAAAGCACCACCAUUGUGUUAGAUUUCAUUUCUCUCUCUCU